AUGGACGAGGAAGAUGCCGUCGGGAUCUCGCGGAGCUGCCCAGAUCUCAGCAGCUGCCGCGAGAUGAAAUGCCCGGCCGCCGCCAUCAUAGGAUCCCCUACGAGCUUUGCGGAUGGUCCCCUCAGGCAGCGGGAAGAUGAGGGGAAGGAGAGGCGGGCUCAGGAGUCAUCGACGGUGGCGUUUCCCCCAUGUAGCCAGAUCGGGGCGACGCGGGGAAGCAAAAUUAACAGCCUGGACCCUGGAGAGGAUGAUCAAGGGGAUUUCUCUUCAGUGAGCAUGGACACUGCUGUGGCGAUCCGGACACUAGAAGCAACAUACAAAUCAUCGGCUGAAGCUGCUGCUGUUGAAUCCAUGAUUGCAAAAUUGAUUGACAAGGUUAGGAUUUCUGCGAUAUUUGUGUUUGUUUCGUUUCUUGUCCUUCUGAGUGUUUGCGAAGUGCCUGCUCAUAUUGAUGAGAUCAAGAUAUAUUCCCAUGAGGAUUCAAACCGGCAUUAUGGGACAUUGGUUUUCCUACUAGGCCACUUCCUAUCCAGCGUCUCCUUCCUAUUUCUGGUGUCCAUUUCGUCGUCGUUGGUUUUCUACUCCCUGAUUGGCCUCAGGAAUGAGUUCAGCUUCCUUAUGUACUUUAUAAUCACCAUCUUUAUGUGCCUAUUGGCGAACGAAGCGCUCAUGAUGAUUGUUGCGUACAUCUGGCUUGAGACUUACAAGUGCAUCUUAACCUUGAUUUGCUUAUAUGGCUUGGUCCAGAACGAGUAUGUCAGUACAUCAUUUGCAGUCGGGGCCACGAGGACGAUACCCGGCGUGCAGGCUGUCCAAGGCUUGUAUGGCAUAUCAUCGUCGACGGGUGCCAAGUGGAUGAAUCUCCUUGUUUUGUUCCUGAUGGCGAUCGGCUACUGGGUCGUCUUGUAUGUUUUGCUUCGUCUAGAUGUGAGGAGACAUGUGAGGCUUGGCAGGUGCUCCUGCUGGCCCAGCAUCCACACCAUUGCAGCUCCAAAGUGA